CAAAAAGUUGUUAAAUGUAGUUUCAUUUUCACUUAAAUUUAAGUGAAUUAUAAAUUAAACUAGUUUAUUUCGCAGCAUAAAUAAAGAUAUGGUGAAAUGUGUUGUAGGAUCGUGCAAAAACACAUCAAAUACUAUUUAUAAAAAUAACCGGAAUUAUAAAGAUGCGAUUUCAUUGCAUCGAUUUCCUACAGACGAAGUUAGGAAACGAGAAUGGGAGAUAGCUCUGAAUUGUGAAGAACAGUCAGACAGUGCUGUGUGUUCUGAACAUUUUGAUGUUGGGGAUUACUACUACACUAAGAGUGGUUUACGAAAAUUAACAGCAGAUGCUGUGCCCCGGAUCAAACACAACAAAGUACAUCCUCACCAAACGAAGGGUCCAAAAUUAUCUGUGUCUUUGCCACCAAAUAUAAGACCAACCGACUCACAAGAAGUUGUGAAACUGAAGCACAGAGUGAGAGGAUUGGAAGUUGUAGCGGCAAACAGAAAAAAGAAACUGAACCUGAUGAGGCAAAGUAACAGAAGAUUGAAGGAUAAGUUAAAGAGGAUGCAAGUAGUAAUUCUAAAUCUAAUAAGGAAGGAAGGGAAGGAUAAUGGGACAUCAAUUUAAGCUUUAUUAUUUAUUCUAUAUCAGGAAUAAGUAGCUAAAUAUAAUUUUUGUCAUGAUAGUACCUGGUACUUUUAGCUUAUGAUAUUGAUUCAAUUUGUUUUUUAACCGACUUCCAAAAAGGAGAAGGUUAUUAAUAGGUAUCAACAAGUGAGAAGUAUAAAGACUGAUUAUUUAAUUUAUUAGAAUAUUAUUUAUGAAAUACGAGUGUACAUUAGGCAUCUAAGGUAAUAUCAUGAAGCUAAUACAGAGGGUAAUAUUAUGAGGCUAUCUGUGUUCAUAGAUGAUAGAUAUUAGCAUAAAUCUCUGUAGACAACUAGAUAAUAAUGAUUACAUCAUUAAAACUGAAAGUAAAUUAUAAUAUACUAUAAUUUUCAAUAAUGUUACAAAACUGUAAUAUAGGCAGUGAC